AUUAACCCGACAUUGUCAAGUUUGUUGAUGUUAUUACGUACUGACACAGUCACAUUUAUCAAUGCUGACUGAGAGUCUUUUCAAAACACUCGGACAUUACGUCAGCCACGGUCGUUUACAUGACGCCUUCAAAGCAUUUUCUCUCAUUCGUCUUCAGUCUUCUUCAAGUGAUCUCCUUUUGCAAUCCGCAGCUUCCCUUUUAUCCGCCUGCGUCGAAGUUCGUUCACUUUCUUCAGGGCUGCAAGUUCACGCUCAUUGUGUUUCCUCUGGUGUUGAAUAUGACCCUGCUUUAGUCCCAAAGCUGGUUACUUUUUACUCUUCCUUUAACCUCCACAGUGAAGCUCAGUCAAUUACCGAGAACUCAGGCAUUUUGCAUCCCUUGCCUUGGAAUGUACUCAUCGGUUCGUAUGCCAAGAACGAGAUUUUCGAGGAGGCUAUUGCUGCUUACAAGAGAAUGGUGAGCAAGGGAAUUACACCCGAUGCCUUCACUUAUCCCUCUGUUCUCAAGGCAUGUGGUGAAACACUAGAUUUUGCGUCUGGAAGGGUGGUUCAUGGAUCUAUCGAGGUUAGCUCUCACAAGGGUAGCGUGUAUGUCUGCAAUGCGUUGAUCUCUAUGUAUAAAAGGUUUGGAAACGUGGGUGUUGCUAGGAGGUUGUUUGAUAUGAUGUCUGAAAGAGAUGCUGUCUCGUGGAAUGCAGUGAUAAGCUGUUAUGCUUCGGAAGGCAUGUGGAGUGAAGCGUUUACGCUUUUCGAUCAGAUGUGGUUUUCAGGUGUAGAAGUCAGCGUCAUAACUUGGAAUAUUGUUUCCGGAGGUUCUUUGCAAACAGGAAACUAUGCAGGAGCUUUGAGUUUGGUCUCUAGGAUGAGAAGUUUCCCCACAGGGUUAGACCACGUGGCUGUGAUUAUUGGCUUGAAGGCUUGCUCGCUCUUAGGAGCAAGACGGUUGGGGAAAGAGAUUCACUGUCUUGCAAUUCGCUGUUCUUACGAUGGGAUUGACAAUGUUCGAAACACGUUGAUCACAAUGUACUCGAAAUGCGACGACCUUAGGCACGCUUUUACAGUGUUUCAACAGAUUGAGGACAAGAGUUUGAGUACUUGGAACUCUAUCAUUUCCGGUUAUGCGCAAGUGAACAGAUCAGAAGAAGCUUCUCACCUUUUCAGGGACAUGAUGCUCCAUGGCCUACAUCCAAAUUCUGUGACGCUUGCAAGCAUUCUCCCUCUUUGUGCUCGGGUUGCAAACCUACAACACGGGAGAGAGUUUCACUGCUACAUCCUGAGGCGCGAGUGCUUCAAGGACUAUACAAUGCUAUGGAACUCUCUCGUAGAUGUUUAUGCAAAAUCAGGAGAAAUUGUAGCUGCACAGCGAAUAUCUGAUUCGAUGAAGGAAAGAGACGAGGUAACAUACACUUCCUUGAUAGAUGGAUAUGGAAAUCAAGGUGAAGGGCGAGUUGCAUUGGCUCUGUUCAAAGAGAUGAUCAUGUCCGGUAUUAAACCUGACCAUGUAACCAUGGUUGCUGUUCUGUCAGCAUGCAGUCAUUCCAAGUUAGUCCAUGAAGGUCAAAGGCUGUUCAGGAAGAUGCAGUGUGAGUAUGGCAUACGUCCUUGUCUUCAACACUUUUCUUGUAUGGUUGAUCUCUAUGGCAGAGCAGGUCUCCUGGGGGAAGCCAUGGAUGUAAUUCAAAGAAUGCCAUAUGAGCCGUCUAGUGCCAUGUGGGCUACUUUGCUAAACGCUUGCCACAUCCACGGGAACACAGAGAUUGGUGAAUGGGCGGCGGAAAAGCUCCUGGAGAUGAAGCCUGAGAAUCCGGGGUACUAUGUGUUGAUUGCAAAUAUGUACGCAGCUGCUGGUUCUUGGAGCAAGCUUGCUGAAGUGAGGAGUUUUAUGAGGGACUUGGGUGUGAAAAAGGCUCCUGGGAGUGCUUGGAUUGACACAGGUUCUGGGUUUAUACUGUUCUCGGUGAGGGACGCAUCAAGCCCUCGAGCGUGUGAGACAUAUCCCCUGUUAGAUGGUCUGAAUCAGCUGAUGAAAGACGCUGCUGGUUGUGCCAUCAAUGAGGAGCAGAGUUCAGAUGAAGAACUUCUUCAAGAAGUAGGAUGAAAAUGAUGGA